GGGGAUUAGUCGCCGGUGUUACUCCUCGCUCCAGCAUCAAUUUCGGCCAACAAACAGGACGAUGAAGCUUGGGAACGUUGUAAAGAGACCAUCAACUACCGUAUGCGCCUCAACCUCGCAAACUCGGACGCACCAGGCAUAGCAAAGAACCUCGGGCUAACUUUUGUUGACGACAAAUCCUUGUUCGAUGGGGCCUCCAAACGCCAACUUCGAUCUCAUUUUCGCAACUGGUCCCUGGAAGUAUUCCAGUCGGAGAACCCAAGGGCGAAGGAUAUAAACGCAGGGCUCGGAUAUUGGAUGCAAGGCUGUGGUGUUCCUCGAUACGUGUACUUCUUCGAGGUAGACCUAGAGUCCCUCCGGAGCAUCGUGUUCGAGGCGCCUCAACCGCCUAACUACGAUCUCGACUAUGUGCUACGACAUACAGACCAAGAUGAGAUUGAUGCCUUCGAGAACGCUCAUGAGCUUAUUAUGGGGUGUGGGGAAGAGAACGUCGGAUGGAUGAAGGUGUCUAUCGAGACAAUGGGUUCCGAUUGGUAUGAAGUAUGGCUUGGGAGUAUUGGCGGCGAUGCCAGCAUUUGGUAUGCCUUCUACCAACGCCCGCCUGAAAAGGUGUACUGGUAAGAAAGCUAUGAGAAGCUUCUCGCAUUCGUUACAACGAACGCAUCGCUCAUCUGCGUUUCUUUUGCGACGAUGAGCAUGUCCCGAUGCCAGAACCAUCUUCAAUGAACGAGGCGCAUGUAUGGCAGGGGUUGGCGCCAAGGCAACGAGUG